AUGAGACUCCUGAAACCCUUAUGCGCUCAUGGCUUCUGUCGCCCAAUUUUUGAGACACUGAGGCUAACAUACCUUACCUUUCAGUUCGCAGGCGUCCACACUAACGUUGGCGGCGGCUACAAGGACACCUCCAUCUCAGAUAUCACACUAGCUUGGAUGAUGGAGCAGCUCUCGAAGCACCUCGACUUCGACAGACCAUACUUGGCCUGGCAGGUCACACAGAACCAGAAGUUCUACCAGGAGAAAGGCACACCACUAGCCGGUCAAGGCUGGGGCCUAGGCUUGAUUCAGGACAAUAGUACUGGCUUCCUGAAUAUGCUGCAAGGCACCGCCACCCGUACACCGGGAGAGUACCACCUCACUGACCCCAAAACUGGCAACCAGCUACCAGAGAAGCUUCUGAACACUUGCGAGUUCAUCCAUCCAAGCGUCCGGUAUCGCAUUGAAAAUGGCACUAGCUUGGCCAGGAGUGCGGACCAGAAGGUUGGAGAGGGAAAGUAUCGACCGCAGGCUCUCGCCAAUUGGGACUAUCUCGAGGCUGGCAAAGACACGCCCGGUGCACAGAUCGAUCCAAAGUGGGCGAAAGCACCGAAAUGGGUUACGAAGGAUGGCAAGACUUACAUUGUGGAAGACACGAUCAGGCGGGAGGGAUUCGAGAAAGUGCUGACGGACAGCUGGCAGGGUGUGAACCAGUUCUUGCAGUUGCAAUAG